AUGGCAGACCCCAGCGGUGCGGCUCCUCAGCCAGGCCCCGAUGACAUCUCAACCGCGAUUCUGCGGCCAAAGAAAUCUCCAAAUCGUCUUAUUGUCGAUGAGGCAACAGCAGACGACAACUCAGUCGCCACUCUCAACCCCGCCACGAUGGAGCUUCUAUCUCUAUUCCGUGGCGAUACCAUCAUUGUUCGCGGGAAGAAGAGACGCGAUACCGUCCUCAUUUGUUUGAGUUCUGACGACGUUGAAGAAGGCCGCAUUCAGAUGAACAAAGUGGCCCGCAAUAAUUUGCGAGUCAAGUUGGGCGAUCUGGUUAACGUUCACCAAUGCCUAGACAUUAAAUAUGGCAAGCGUAUUCACGUUCUUCCCUUCGAUGACUCAAUCGAAGGCCUCAGUGGUAACAUCUUUGAUGUUUACCUAAAACCUUAUUUCCUUGAAGCCUACCGACCUGUUCGCAAGGGCGAUACUUUCCUAGUUCGUGGAGGAAUGCGAACAGUAGAAUUUAAGGUCAUCGAGACCGAUCCAUCGGAGUUCUGUAUCGUUGCUCAAGACACUGUUAUCCACACCGAGGGCGACCCUGUCAAGCGCGAAGACGAAGAAUCUAACCUCAAUGACGUUGGCUACGAUGACAUCGGUGGAUGCAGAAAACAGAUGGCCCAAAUUCGCGAACUUGUUGAACUUCCCCUCCGUCACCCACAGUUGUUCAAAUCCAUUGGUAUCAAACCCCCUCGUGGUAUUCUGAUGUUCGGCCCCCCUGGUACCGGAAAAACAUUGAUGGCGCGUGCUGUGGCGAACGAGACUGGUGCUUUCUUCUUCCUGAUCAACGGUCCUGAGAUCAUGAGUAAAAUGGCCGGAGAAAGUGAGAGUAAUCUGAGAAAGGCGUUCGAAGAGGCUGAGAAGAACUCUCCGGCCAUCAUCUUCAUUGAUGAAAUCGAUUCCAUUGCCCCUAAACGUGAAAAGACAAAUGGUGAAGUCGAACGUCGCGUUGUAUCACAGCUCCUCACCCUCAUGGACGGUCUGAAGGCCCGUUCAAAUGUUGUUGUGAUGGCCGCCACCAACAGGCCUAACUCUAUCGACCCUGCCCUAAGACGUUUCGGUCGCUUUGACCGUGAAGUUGAUAUUGGCAUUCCUGAUCCUACUGGUCGUCUCGAAAUUCUACGUAUCCACACCAAGAAUAUGAAGCUUGCUGAUGAUGUUGAUCUUGAACAAAUUGCCGCUGAUACUCAUGGAUACGUCGGUUCCGAUGUUGCUUCUCUUUGCUCAGAAGCAGCAAUGCAACAAAUUCGCGAGAAAAUGGACUUGAUCGACCUCGACGAAGAUACCAUUGAUGCUGAGGUUCUCGACUCUCUGGGCGUCACAAUGGACAACUUCCGGUUUGCCCUUGGAACCUCGAAUCCAUCUGCACUUCGUGAGACCGUUGUCGAGGUGCCGACUGUUACAUGGGACGACGUCGGUGGUCUCGAGAAGGUCAAACAAGAGUUGCAGGAGACUGUUCAAUACCCUGUCGAGCAUCCCGAAAAAUUCCUCAAGUAUGGUAUGUCUCCAUCAAAGGGUGUUUUGUUCUACGGACCCCCCGGUACUGGUAAAACCAUGCUUGCGAAGGCCAUCGCCAACGAAUGUAACGCCAACUUUAUUUCCAUCAAGGGUCCUGAACUACUCACGAUGUGGUUCGGUGAGUCAGAAGCCAACGUUCGUGAUGUCUUCGACAAGGCCCGUGCCGCUGCACCUUGCGUGAUGUUCUUCGAUGAGUUGGAUUCCAUUGCCAAGGCCCGCGGUGGCUCUGGUGCUGGUGGGGAUGGAGGAGGUGCUGGCGAUCGUGUGCUUAACCAGAUUCUGACUGAAAUGGAUGGCAUGAACGCCAAGAAGAACGUUUUCAUUAUUGGUGCCACCAACAGGCCCGACCAGAUUGAUUCUGCUCUUCUCCGUCCUGGUCGCCUCGAUCAGCUCAUUUACAUUCCCCUUCCCGAUGAACCUUCACGGUUAUCCAUUCUUAAGGCUGCCCUCAAGAAGUCACCUGUUUCUCCUGAUGUUGAUCUUGCCUUCCUGGCCAAGAGCACGCAUGGCUUCUCUGGUGCUGAUUUGACCGAAAUUUGCCAGAGAGCUGCCAAACUUGCUAUCCGUGCGUCUAUUGACGCUGAUAUCAGGGCCGCCCGUGAGAGAAAGGAACGUGAAGACGCUGCUGAGGACAACAUGGAGGAGGAUGCGGAAGAGGCUGAGGACCCUGUUCCCCAAAUCACAAGAGAACACUUCGAGGAGGCCAUGAAGUUUGCUCGUCGUUCCGUGUCAGACCAGGAUAUCAGACGUUACGAGAUGUUUGCCCAGAACUUGCAACAAUCGCGUGGCUUUGGAAACAACUUCAAGUUCCCAGAAAGCGAGGGCCAGGUUGCUGGUGCUGAGACUGCUGGUGGCAAUGCUGGUUUCGCUGACGAUACCGCCGACGACGAUCUGUAUGCCUAA